CGCCGCGCGCACCGAAAGCGCACGGCACUAAACGCCGUACGGCCGCGGCGUCGCCCCCCGAGUGGGGGAGGGGAGAGGCGACUCAGGCGAGGCCUCGGCCUGUUCGCUGACAAGUGCGCGGAGGCACCGCAGCGCAGUGCCGCAGACGGCAGAUCUGACACCGGGCCGGGCCCCCUAAAGCCUGCCGCCGCCGCCGCCGCCGCCGCCUGUCUCCCGCUACCCUCUGCCCGCCUGCCCGCCCGAGCACAGCAACCAGCAGCAGCUUCUGCCGCGCCGCAGCGCCCAGCGCGAGGAGAGAGAGACAGAGAGAGUGAGGUAGCUAGGCAGAUAGCGGCUCUGUGCGCCACACCAGAGUUGCCAGUGUGUGCGGGAGCUGGAGCUGGAGAGAACCGGCAAAAAAACACCGAGGCAAGGCAAGCAAAGGUGUGGCACGAGUACGGGCGAUUUAGGCAGGCGUGGCAGCGGGGGGAGGCGCGGGGGGAUAAGAUCGCUCGCGGCGCUCGAGCAGCAGCAGCAGCAGCCGGGCCGACGCGGCCGGCGCGCACGACACGAUCACGCCGGAGGAGGGGACAGCCCAGCCAGCCACAGCCGUUGCCGGCAGCCGAAACGCACCCCGGCCGCAGGCGCCAGCCCACGCGCCGCGCCAGCUCCAUAAAGUCGCCGCAUUCCUCCCGCGGCGAGCACGCGCGGGGCCGGCAAGCGUAUGAGCAGCGGCGCUCGCGGCGGGGCGGGUUCAUGGAGGCCGUGGGCGACGGAGCCGCAGCGGGGGCGGGGGACGGGGCGCCGCCCGCCCGGUCGCAGCAGGGCGCCAAGCGCGGGCGCGGCGGCGGCGUGAGGGGCAGCGACGCGGAGGCGGCGGCGGCCUGGGGCCAGCCGCCGGCGCUGCCGCCGCCGCAGGGCCCGGGGGCGGGCUCUCGGAUCUACCGCGUGCGGGCCAGCGGGGGCAAGGACCGGCACAGCAAGGUGUACACGGCCAAGGGCAUCCGCGACCGCCGCGUGCGCCUGUCGGUGCCCACCGCCAUCCAGUUCUACGACCUGCAGGACCGCCUGGGCUUCGACCAGCCCAGCAAGGCCAUCGAGUGGCUCAUCAACGCCGCCUCCGACGCCAUCGACAAGCUCCCGGCGCUCGACACCGCCGCCUUCGCGGCCCUCCCCGGUCCCGGCGACGCGGAUGCCGCCAAGGUCAAGCAGCAGCAGCUGGGGAGCAGCUCCGGGGGCAGCAGCCCGUCGGAGACCAGCAAAGGUUCCGAGCUCUCCCUCUCGCGCUCCGACGGCCGCGGGGGCGCCGCCGCCGCCGCCGCGCGGGACAGGGAGGUCACCGUGGCCAGCACCUCGGCGCAGGCCGCGUCCUUCACCGAGCUGCUCACCGGGGUGGCGUCGGCCGGCGCCAUUAGCGCCGCCGAGCACAAGCAGUCCUGGCAGCAGCAGCAGCCCAACGCCUCCGCGGCGGCCGCCGCUGACUGCGUCGGCAUUGCGCACCCGGGGAAAGGUGCGCACGGGCUGUCGACGCACGCCUUCUCGGGCCCCAUCAAGUUCGGCAAUGCGCCUCCGUUCGGCAUGGUCCCGGCGCAGCCCUUCAACUUCACCACCCACGUCGAGAUGCCUCACUUCUCGCUCGGCCAGGACGCCUUGGCGGCGUCCUCGGCUCCCGCCGCCGGGGACUACAACCUCAACUUCUCCAUGUCCUCGGGUUUCUUGGGUGCCAAUAGGGGGACCCUUCAGUCCAAUUCCCAGUCUAACUUUUCAGGCCAUCACCACCAGCAGCUCCAGAGGCUGGACGGCCCGUUCUUGUUCGGUCACGCCGCGGCGGCGGCGGCGCACCCCGCAUCUGAGAACCAGCUGACCGCAUCCGCGGCGUUACAGCUGUGGGAUGGGUUCCGGCACUCCAGCAUGAAGGAGAAGAGCAAGAACUGAUUACACAUUGUCCAACGAAACUGAAGACAUCCAGUUGCUGGGAUCUAUUCCAGCAACAAUUCAUCCUUUGGAGGUGCUGUGGUCAUCAUCAACCCUCAAUCCUGCUGCCAUUGAUCAAACAAUGAUGUGCUCCGGGUUUUUUUCCUCUCUCUCUCUAGAUGCUGUUGUACAAAUUUUGUGGGAGAUGAGAGUUUUUGAACAAGAGUUGUAAGUGUGCCCCGCUGUGGUCGCGGUUCUAGUCCUCUCCGCGUGUAACUUUUGCUUGAAUUGAUGCUCCCCUGAAUUGAGUUCAUUGGACAAGCAUUAUUCUCACGAUUUUUCUCGGUUUGGUUUGAGAGAUAAUCCUGAUUCUGUGGAACUGAUUACUGAAUGCUAUUUUGUGUGGAAAGUACAGAUCUGGAAGCAA